UUGACGUGGAGGCUGGUACACAAAGCGCCGUGUGACGCUCCGCCUGGAAAAAAAAAAUCAUUAUACAGACUUUUGAUUAAGAAUUUUUGCGUUUCCCCUUGUAGUUCAUAGGAGAUGGUGAAGUGAGCGCGCGAGAGAGGGGAGAGUUUAGGGUUUCGCUGUAAUCAUGUUCGGAGAGUAUUGAUUUCGCGAGCGCACUCCAAUUGGCAGCAGCUCCACUACAGCGCCGGCGCGUCAUCCUCGGUUCACAUCGACGGAACGAGUUGUAAGCAAAUGAGAACAUGUGUGGGAUCUGAGCGAGUGGGGAAAGGCAAGGGGGGAUCGAAGGAAGCAAUAGGAGGAGUGAUAAAAGCCAGCUCUAUCAACCUGACAAGUGGAUACGACAUUUGAAUCCCGGACUAUUUUUGUCUUCUUCACAUUUUCCAGACUGGGAAUUUAUCGAUUUGUCACAUGCGCACGCCUCUUCAGUAUAAUUGCAGACAGUUGGGUGCUGUUCGGGCUGAAUGGACUUGAAUGUGCCGCUGCCAGCUUAAUCCGUGCAGACUGGAAGAUUUAAUAAUUCACGGUAAUCACGCAUUAUCGCCUCAGUGGAUGCUCUCUACACAGCAUUGGUGAUUUUUUUCAGCCACUCUCUCCCUCUCUCCAUUCUUCCUGUUGUCUUGUGGAGGAUUUAUCGACGACUGCUUUUCCAAUACGCUCCUUAUCUGAGAUAUCAUCUGUUGCUGCAACUGGAUUGAAAUGCCCCCACGACUGGCUCAGACACGCGUUUGAGUCUGGCUGACUGACUUGAGGUGAUGUGAGCUGUUGAAUGAGACGCAUUUUAAUCAACAUUUGAUAUUAUUUUCCAGGUAAAAUGGACGAAAAAUUACUAUUACUUUUAUUACUUCUCUUAUCUCUCCACGCGAGGCUGUGAUUUCGCUUUUAUUCAUCAUGAUCUUUUUACUCUGCUGAAUUGCUUCUUAUUGAUCCAGACUGGAAGCUUAAUAGCAGAAAUACAAGGCGGUUUUAAACGUGAAUUCCACGUGAAAUAUUCAACAAACAGUGGGAUACUGGCACCGUGGAGGUAUUUUCCUCCCCGGCUCUUCCUUUUAUUUAUUCCAUUUUCAACUGAAGGGUAAAUGUUGAUGAUGGAGGACGACGAACUAGACGCUCAUCAGGUUGAUUCGGAUUUCGAGCCGCAAAGCCGGCCUCGCUCGUGCACCUGGCCGCUGCCUUGCCCGGAGGACUUCCCUGGUGGACAUGAGGUCAGCGGGGGUCUCCCGCUGGUCAACAUCAAGGUGGAACCGGAGGAUGUCCCGGCUUGCAGAGCGGGGCUCGUGGGUGGAACACCGGGAGAGCUGAAGCAUCCAGCCGGCGCCCCGGCACCCACAGGCGCGACGCACCCAUGCCUGGCUGGCGUGGCGCUCGAUGUGACCGGACCGCUGCGCAAAGCCAAAUCCUCGCGGCGGAACGCGUGGGGAAACCAGUCCUACGCGGAUCUCAUUACCCGCGCCAUUGAGAGCACCCCAGAAAAGAGACUCACGCUGUCACAGAUAUACGACUGGAUGGUCCGUUAUGUGCCCUAUUUCAAGGAUAAGGGCGACAGUAACAGCUCAGCUGGCUGGAAGAACUCCAUCCGACACAACCUAUCCCUCCACACACGGUUCAUCAGGGUGCAGAAUGAGGGAACAGGGAAAAGUUCUUGGUGGAUGCUGAACCCAGAUGGAGGCAAGAUGGGGAAGACCCCCCGACGCAGAGCUGUCUCCAUGGACAACAGCACCAAAUACCUAAAAAGCAAAGGCCGGAUCAGAGGCAAGAGGGUUGGCCGUCCUGGGGUAGGAGCAGCACCUGCUGGGGUGGGGCUCCAGGACUCCCCUGAACAUGGCAGCCCACCUCGGAAAUGCCUCCCAGGAUCUGGAGGAGCAUCUGUGACGGAUGGAGAGUUUGAUGCUUGGACAGACCUCCAUUCCAGAGCUAGUUCUUCAGCCUCCACCCUGAGUGGGCGCCUGUCACCUAUUCUUGCCGAGGGAGAGCCAGAGGAACCAGAGGAGGGUGGCCUGUCCUGUUCCACCUCCCCCCAUCUGUACCCCUCACCGACCAGUGCCCGCUCUCCUUCGAUGGGGACAGGGAAUCGCUGUCCUCCCUUAGAGCAGCUUCCUCAGCUGGCUAACCUGACCGGUGCCAUCAGUCUGGAUGAGCCGCUGAUGGAGGAUGGUUAUCAUCACCAUCACCCACCACAGCAGCAACACCAGCAGCAUUUAGCUGUUGGGAGACACAAGCAGCAAACCCCUGUCUACCAUUACAGCUCUGGAGUGAAAGGGCAAAGCCCCUACAGUCCUGGUGUCUAUGGUGCAACAGGCAUGGGGAUACUUUGUCACCACUCACCCAUGCAGACCAUUCAGGAGAACAAGCCAACCAGUUUCUCUGGAACCAUGCGGGCAUACUCCAGCACCAAUGCCCUGCAGAGUCUGCUAACCGGGGUUCCAGCAGGGCGGCAAUACUGUUCCAAGGACAUGAUGCUGGGACAGGAUAGGGACAACCAUCCUCUGAUGGGUCAAGCUAGUAAUGGAGUAGGCUCCAACCAUCACAGCCACCACCCUGCCCACCUCAAUGGCCACAACCACAAUGGAACUCACAGUCACACCUCAGCUCACAGUCAUAACAGAACUCACAGUCAUAGUCGAAAUCAUAACAAUGUAACCAAUCACAACCACAACUCACCUCACAGCCUCACCCAGAACAGUCACAACCUCGGCCAAAGCCAUAACAACACACCUCCCCGGGCUGCAGCCCUGACCCCACGUUGCAACAGCAAUCAGCUGCAGACCUACAACCACAAAGCCCCCUACCUGUACAGCCCCCCAUCACAUGCCCAUCUCCCUGCCUCCACCACACUUCCCCCAAACCCAGCAGGUAUGCUUGGCAUGCCUCAGGACUCUUGCCAUGUGGCUGCCGCCCCACAAGCGCACCCCCGUCACAAUCAUUACACUGACCAACAACACCAAGGCAUGACAAAUGGACCAUACCACCAUGGCCAGGUAAUAGGGAAUGGCAGUGUUGGUAACAACUACCAUGGCUAUCACCAACCUCACCUACAUGAGAGACUACCAGCUGACCUGGACAUUGACAUGUUCCAUGGUAGCUUGGACUGCGAUGUGGAAUCCAUCCUCCUCCAUGACAUCAUGGACUCUGGGGAGGAGAUGGACUUCAAUUUUGACUGCUCCCUAGCCCAGGGGGUAGGCAUUGGCAUGGGUAUGGGCAUGGGUGUGACCAUGGGCAUGGGGUUGAGCGGUCUGGCUGGUCCACAGCAAGCCCAUAGCAACCAGAGCUGGGUGCCUGGUUGAAGUCCAGGAAGACACAUCCUAAUCCUGAAAGAACUACCCUACCCAUAAAGCACUGUGCUCAACUGUGACAUUCCUGACUUGACACAGAGACUAAAGGACCAACACUCCUGUCUCACUUUGUUGUCUUGACAAUUCUUCUGUCACCCUAUUCUCUUUUGAUUUACUCCCCCCUCCCCCACCGAGAGCUCUAGCUCAUGUCACAUUAGGUUUUUAUUCAUAUCAGCUAUACUGUGAUGACAAUCUCUCAGCUGUGCUUGCCCAACAUCGCUUCUCAUCUACCAUGAGAACUGAACUCUCAAUGCACUUUAUUGCAAGUGGGUCACAUCUCUCAGUGCAAGGCGUUCACAGAGCAGCUCAGGCAGAAGUUGGCAUGUUUUUUAAGGUGGUUGCAGGAUCUGACAGAAACAAAUGAGAGAUUUACAUGCUGUGAUGAUAAAUUGUCAAAUCUCUGCAUCAAAUUAAUAUAGACCUUCCCUUUUUGUGCGCUGACAUCAUCAGGGAUGAGGACAAUUUCUCUUCUGAAAAAAACCCCUCUGUUGUUUCUUGAUUAGAUUCUUUAUUUAACACAUUCAGUUCAUUCAAAACUUUGAUAUUGCAAGCUACUUUACACUUGCCUUAUCAAAUUUAAAAUAUGGAUUAAAGAAGUGGCAUUAAAUGUAACACUUACAUGGCAUUGGUCUUUGUGUACUUAUAUAUUGUUUUCAUAAAAUCCUUACCGGUAAAUUAUACAACUUAUUUAUAUAGAACUCUGACCUUCAUCAGUUUAUAAUUUUCAUGAUGAUGACUCCAAAUUAAUAAUCUUACAUCAGCAGUCCUGGUAUUUGCAGCUUUAUGUAUGUCGUCCUUGUUGCUAUGACCUAUUGCAUUAUAACAUUUGUCAAUGCCCUCUCGUCAUUGGUUACAGAGUUUUUCAAUGCAUCAUUAAAUGGAUUCUAUCAUUACUGGCAAGCAUGCAAUUUGGUGAAUUAAAAUAUCGUAUCACCUUGUCUGACCUGAACCUCUCAUGUCAGUUACCUUCUCUCUCUCCUUCCCAAAGUGUCUCUCUCUUUAUCUCUCUCCCUUUCUCUCUCUCUCUCUUUCUCUCUCUCUCUCUGCCUGCCAGUGGAGACAAAGUGACCAUUCCUCACACCAAACCAUUAAUGUGGGCUUGAUUGAAAUUCAGCAUCUUGCUUUUAAUCUCGAAAGUGAUGCGGUAGCGAUGCGUCAUUAUUGAGACUCUCACGCAUUGUCCUCUCAUCUCUCACUCUUGCCCGUCCGGGGCCACAGCUCACCUCACCAACCUAAUGUGCCAAGAAAGCAAGACAAAGCUGUGAUUUACACCACUCUGCCUGCUGUCCUGCUCUGAGAAGGGCCAAUGUUACUGUCCACUUGCCUGCUCAAAAAGGGUACAAAAAGGAAAAGAUAGAGACGAAAAGUCUAGUGUUGCAGUUGGAUCAAUCCUAGGCCGCAUAUUCCAUGAUCUUUGGUUGUGUGUCUGAAAACAGGUAGUGUAUUUGUGUUGUAAAUCAUCUCCAUUAUCUGUAUUUUGUGUGCCCCUGCUCCUAUCUUUUACCCUGAGCUUCAAAUACUCAAAUAGGUGCAAAGGGAGAGGUUUAAGGAAAAAACAAUCAGUUUGGGUGGCAAAAGUCAAUGUCAAAAAGGAUUGUAAUGCCUCAUAGCCAUCCACAUCCACUUUUGUGUGUUUAUUCUGUUGUCUUGUAGUUGUUGUUGUAUUGUUGAAAUUCUAAGGACCAACGAGGACAGCCCUGAAACAUCCAUAGUGUAUGGAUGGAUUUUAACGGUGAAAGGAUGUUGGUUGUGCAGUAUGACCUUCCUACGCUCCGAUACUGGCACCCCUCCCACAUGUGCUCUGCUCAGUUGUCUCUGUGUUUGUGAGUGGGGGAGUCUGAAGCUUGUCUCGCACUGGCCUUGGGAGAGAAAAAAAGAGGACACCCCUAUUCUUUAGUUCCCUCAAGGAGACUCUCUGUGCAUGGUCUAUACCAAGUUUAGCACACAAAGGAAAAGGAGGGGUGGGGGUAAGGGUAGGGUUGGGGGUUAUUAUUACAACCAAAGGUCAAGCACGUUACAGACUAUCAGACCCAUAAUUGAGGUAAAUACCUUUAUUUCAGGGCUUUUAGCCACGCCGGUUCCAGUUAAUCUCCUUGUGGAAAAUGCGUGGAAUUUUUUAAGCAACUGGGCCUCACAAAGCAGUUAUGUUAAAACCUAUAUGCUAAAGACCUUUAGCAAUGCCCUAUCAUCAGAAAGAGAGCUAUAUAUGAUGUCUAAUUUUCCUAUAUUUAUUUAUAAAAGAGAUUGGUCUUUGUCACUCCUAAUUGUGGUAGUUGUUUGAGUCAACUUCUAUCCCCGUCCUCUUUUUUUUCUCUGUUUUUAAAGAUGUCACUCUCCCUUUGCCCCUUUACUGACUUUUAUUUUGUACAAAAUCUAUAUAUUAAGAAUAUUGUAUAAUAGUUUUUAAAAUCUCAAAAAUAAUAACAGUUUUGUUGUCUAUUUCUUUUUUAAGAGAAUGUAUCUCAUCAUCUGGUGACUGUUAAAUAAAUGAUAUUAAAAGAAAGACUGUCUCUGUCAUUACAAUUUGUGUUAACAUGACCGUGAUGAUAGAUAAGACCUUUUACAUACAAUUAAAACCUAACUCCCUCCACACAUGCAGACAACCCCUCUUGGCAGUUUUAUUUAACCAGCACACUGAGUGUCUGCGUGGGAGGCAGAAAGAGUGGGCUGUAUGAAUGAAAAAUGGGAAAAAGAAGGUACCCUUUAUGUAGAGAAGCAUCUC